AUGGAUCGGGCAUCUCAACUUUCUUCUCUCUCUGUGCAGCUCUGCGUCCAGCAGCUCAGCUCUCCGUCGUUCGUUGCUCAGAAUCUCGGAUCGUCGCUCGCUCUCACCGUCUCUUAUCCCUCUCGACGCGAUCGAUACUCAUCUGGGCAAUUUCUUCCUUGCUCUCUCCAUCUGGAAGACUGGUCUCCGGGUGUCUUGUCCUUUGCCUUUUUUUUUCGCCCUCGUUGGCUUUUUAUUCUUACGGUCCUGACGCCUGUUCAGUGUUUACUCCGUCAAUUGAUCUGCUGCUUUGCGUGCUGUAUUUUAUUCGAUUUCCGUCACGUCUUUUAA